AUGGUGCUAGUUCUCCUGGUGGCCAUCCCCUUGCUGGUGCACAGCUCCAAAACCACCUCCCACUAUGAGAUGUUGGGCAGCUGCCGUAUGGUCUGUGACCCCUACACACCCCAAACCCAUGGGGCAGCUUCAGCAGAGGCAAGCCAGGAGCUGGCCGUCAUCUCUCCACCUCCUUUUGUGUCUGGAGGGAAGGGAGACCCAGGGAGGAAGGGCAAGUCUGGAAUCCGUGGUCCUCCAGGCCCCCCAGGCCCGCCUGGGCCCAGAGGGCCAGCUGGAGAGCCAGGGAGGCCAGGUCCACCAGGCCCCCCUGGCCCAGGCCCUGGGGGUUACAUCCCAUCCUUCUAUAGCCCUAAGAUCGCUUUCUACGCAGGACUUCGGAAACCACACGAAGGGUACGAGAUCCUCCGCUUUGAUGACGUGGUAACCAAUGUGGGGAACUACUAUGAACCCUCAAGUGGCAAGUUCACCUGCCCUCUACCUGGCAUCUACUUCUUCACCUACCAUGUGCUCAUGCGUGGGGGCGACGGCACGAGCAUGUGGGCAGACCUGAUGAAGAACGGGCAGGUCCGUGCCAGUGCCAUUGCACAGGAUGCUGAUCAGAACUAUGACUACGCCAGCAACAGUGUGAUCCUCCACCUGGAUGUCGGCGAUGAAGUCUUCAUCAAGCUGGAUGGAGGGAAGGUGCAUGGGGGCAAUACCAACAAGUACAGCACCUUCUCAGGAUUCAUCAUCUACCCAGAUUGAGCCUUCUUCCACCUGGCUCCCUAUUUCUGCCCCCCAACUCCCAUUCUGCCUACCCAAAACACUCUUUCCCCCCUAGGUCAGCUUUUCUUCUCCUU